UGUGAAGUUCCUCAUUGUGGGGGGCGGGCCCGGCUGCCGAGACCAACACCAGCAGUUUCGUGAGUGAGUGGGCCAGCCAGGUGGAAAAGCUCACAGCCAAUGUGAGGACCGGGAAACGUGUUCACAGCGCGUUAACGGCUUGCUCACACAUCAAGAGACAUUAUGGGUUGUAUCAAGUCCACACUGAACAGCAGGCUGUGCGAGGCCACCGAGGAGAAAAUCAGUCAGCAGACAAAUCACUCCAUGUUGCCUGGCCAGGUAUUUCAAAGGAUGGAGGAGCAACACAAGAUUGGCAAGGUAGUGGUGGGCCUUUACCCAUAUGAAGCUGUACAUCCUGAUGACCUUGGUUUCACAAAAGGAGAAAAGAUGACAAUUCUUGAGGAACACGGCGAGUGGUGGAAAGUCAAAUCGCUGACAUCUGACAAACAGGGCUUCAUCCCAUCCAAUUAUGUUGCCCAAGCAGACACCAUGGAAACAGAGCAGUGGUUUUUCAAGGAAAUUACCAGAAAAGAUGCCGAGAGGCAGCUACUGUCGCCUGCAAACAAACCUGGGGCUUUCCUUAUCAGGGAAAGUGAAACUUCAAAAGGUAGCUUGUCGUUGUCCAUACGAGAUGUUGACCACCAGACAACAGAAUCAGUCAAACACUAUAAGAUCAGAAAGUUGGAUAAUGGUGGUUUCUACAUCUCUCCAAAGAUCUCCUUCCCUGACAUCGGCACCAUGAUCAAACACUACCACAACAAAGCAGAUGGCUUGUGUCGUAAACUGGACCGUCCAUGUGUAAAGCCGAAAGCUCAGAAGCCGUGGGAUAAGGACGCCUGGGAGAUUUCCAAGGAGUCCAUUACGAUGGUGAAGAAACUCGGAGCUGGGCAGUUUGGAGAAGUCUGGAUGGCUUACUACAACAACACAACCAAAGUAGCAGUAAAGACGCUGAAGCCAGGCACCAUGACGGUGGAAGCCUUCAUGGAAGAAGCAAACAUCAUGAAGACGCUACAGCAUGAAAGACUUGUGCGUCUCUACGCCGUCGUGACAAAGACGCAGCCAAUAUACAUCAUCACUGAAUUCAUGGCAAAUGGGAGCCUGCUUGACUUCCUCAAGAGUGACGCAGGCUGUAAACUGCAACUGCCCAAGCUCACGGAUUUUGCAGCACAGAUUACAGAAGGCAUGGCAUAUAUAGAGAGGAAGAAAUACAUCCACAGAGACCUGAGAGCAGCAAACGUUCUCGUGUCAGAGAGCCUGCUCUGUAAAAUUGCCGAUUUUGGACUGGCAAGAGUCAUAAGUGAUGAUGAAUACACUGCCAAAGAGGGAACGAAGUUCCCCAUCAAGUGGACUGCACCUGAGGCAAUAAACUAUAGCUCUUUCACGAUCAAGUCAGACAUGUGGUCCUUUGGAGUUCUGCUUUACGAGCUUAUUACGCUUGGGAAAAUGCCUUAUCCAGGUAUGACAAAAGCAGAAGUGAUGUCCUCGGUGCAGCGUGGCUACCGGAUGCCCUGCCCUGACAACUGUCCCGCAGAGCUGUACGACAUCAUGAUGUCCUGCUGGAAAAGCGCGCCCGAUGACAGGCCCACUUUUGAGUACAUGCAGAGCGUCCUGGAUGACUAUUACACUUCCACCGAGGGACAGUAUCAGCAACAACCGUAGAGGCAGAUUGUUGGAGAGACUUUUUUCGCACAGAUGGUUAUUUUUUUUGCUCUACGUUCUGACUGGAGCGCCUCUUGGUGUUGUAUUUAUGAAAGUUACUUGUGAAAAUGGCCACUUGACACUCUAAGAAAGUACAGCAAUUAUACUGCUCCAUCUUUGAAUUUUCUUAAGCUGUCAGAAACAUUUUCUUCAAAAUAGCUGUUCGGCUCUUGUGUCAUUGACCAAUCAAGUGUAUCACAUGCUUCAUAUUGAAGUACUUCAACUUCCUUUUUUUUUUUUUUUAAGCAGUUGUAAACUUGCGUUGCCCCAAUAUCACUCUUACCCAAGUGGAGAUGCUUUAGCUUGAAUGUUAAACCUGAACUUAACCAAAAGAGGCACCAAAACUGUUGAAAAUUGUGUGUGUGCGUGUGUGUGUUGUGUGAUGAUUUGUAUACUCUGCCAUUCUGUUUUUGCACCACAUAUGUACGUAUCAAAUAUCAUGGUGAUAUUGUGUAUCUCAUAAACAUGAUUUAUCUAAUCAAUCCGUGCCUUUUCAAGUCACGCUUAUCCCAUUCAGGGAUCGCCAUUAUUCACUCUCACAUCACAUGUAUGGACAC